GCGUGGCUUCAGUCACCGGUUUCGAUCGGAUGUCGUCUAUCCUGACCGGAUGGCGUUUGGGGAGAGGAAGUUUUGUUUUGCGAGUUUUCUGUGCGCUUUGAUUGACUUAAAUAUUAUUUAAUGCACGUCUAGAGCACGACAGUAUGUUGGCGUGAACGGCAUUAAAGGCAGACGACCCGCGUUUUUAUGAAGAAAAUUAGCGGUUGAAUCCCUUGUACCGGCGGAACUCAACAUUUGAGAACAAACCGACAGACAGUAGCUUUUGCUAAGCUAACGUUACCUAGCUAGUUAGCGUGGUUAUCGUUAGCCUCUGGUUUUACGUUGAAUUGAAGGCGCUCUCAGAGCUAACGAAGCCAUGGGGAACCGGGGAAUGGAAGAUUUAAUUCCCCUCAUCAACAAGCUUCAAGACGCCUUUAGUUCCAUUGGUCAGAGUUGUAAUUUAGAUCUUCCUCAGAUUGCUGUUGUUGGUGGACAGAGCGCUGGAAAAAGCUCCGUCUUGGAGAAUUUUGUUGGCAGGGACUUUCUUCCCCGUGGGUCAGGCAUUGUUACCCGCAGACCUCUCAUUUUGCAGCUGGUCAACUGUAAAACAGAACAUGCUGAAUUCCUGCACUGCAAAGGGAAGAAGUUUGUGAAUUUCGAUGAAGUGCGAGCGGAAAUUGAAGCGGAGACCGACAGAGUAACGGGAUCCAAUAAGGGCAUCUCUCCCAUCCCAAUUAAUCUGAGAGUCUACUCGCCUCACGUGUUGAACCUGACCCUGAUUGACCUCCCGGGUAUGACUAAGGUUGCUGUGGGAGAUCAGCCGGUGGACAUAGAGCAUCAGAUCAGGGACAUGCUGAUGCAGUUCAUCACCAAGGAGAGCUGUCUAAUCCUGGCAGUGACCCCUGCUAACACCGAUCUGGCUAACUCCGAUGCUUUGAAGAUCGCAAAGGAGGUGGACCCACAAGGUUUACGCACGAUUGGUGUGAUAACAAAACUGGAUCUGAUGGACGAAGGCACAGAUGCACGAGACAUCCUGGAAAAUAAAUUACUGCCACUGCGGAGAGGCUAUAUUGGCGUUGUAAACCGGAGUCAGAAAGACAUUGACGGGAAAAAGGACAUUGGUGCUGCACUGGCUGCAGAGAGAAAGUUCUUCCUGUCUCACCCGGCGUACAGACACAUGGCAGAGCGCAUGGGCACGCCACAUUUACAAAAGACUCUGAACCAGCAACUCACCAAUCACAUCAGGGAUACGCUGCCUGGAUUGCGCAGUAAACUGCAAAGUCAGCUUCUUUCAUUGGAAAAGGAAGUUGAGGAAUACAAGAACUUCCGUCCAGAUGACCCGACACGCAAAACAAAGGCUUUGCUGCAGAUGGUGCAGCAGUUUGGGGUGGAUUUUGAAAAAUGCAUCGAAGGCUCUGGAGACCAGGUGGACACCAACGAACUGUCAGGAGGCGCCAAGAUAAACCGCAUCUUCCACGAAAGGUUCCCCUUCGAGUUAGUCAAGAUCGUGUUUGAUGAGAAGGAACUACGCAGGGAAAUCAGUCACGCUAUCAAGAACGUUCAUGGUGUCAGAACUGGGCUGUUUACUCCAGACCUGGCGUUUGAGGCCAUCGUGAAAAAGCAGAUCGUUAAGCUGAAAACGCCCUGUCUCAAAUGUAUCGAUCUGGUCAUUCAAGAGCUCAUCAGCACAUUCAGGCAGUGCACCAACAAGCUCGGUUCUUAUCCCAGACUGAGAGAAGAAACUGAGAGGAUUGUCACCACCCAUGUCAGGGAAAGAGAAGGGAAGACCAAGGACCAGGUUCUGCUGCUGAUUGACAUUGAACUGUCCUACAUUAACACCAACCAUGAGGACUUCAUAGGCUUUGCUAAUGCUCAGCAGAGGAACACUGCUGUAAACAAGAAGAGGGCCAUCCCCAACCAGCUUGGUGACCUUGGAGAGGUCCGAGAGGAAAAGGUGAUUAGGAAAGGCUGGCUAACCAUCAACAUCAGCAUCAUGAAAGGAGGCUCCAAGGAAUACUGGUUUGUCCUGACUGCGGAGUCCCUGUCCUGGUACAAAGAUGAGGAGGAAAAGGAAAAGAAGUACAUGCUGCCCCUGGAUAACCUGAAGAUCAGGGAUGUAGAGAAAGGCUUCAUGUCCUCCAAGCACAGCUUUGCAAUCUUCAACACAGAGCAGAGAAAUGUGUACAAGGAUCUCCGUCAAAUCGAGCUGGCCUGUGAUUCUCAGGAGGAUGUCGACAGUUGGAAAGCCUCGUUCCUCAGGGCAGGAGUUUAUCCCGAGAAAGACCAGGUGGAGGCUGAAGAUGCAGCUCCUACGGACACAUUCUCUAUGGACCCUCAGCUGGAGCGGCAGGUGGAAACCAUUCGCAAUCUGGUGGAUUCCUACAUCGGGAUCAUCAACAAAUCCAUCAGAGACCUUGUUCCCAAGACCAUCAUGCACCUCAUGAUCAACAGUGCGAAGGACUUCAUCCACGCAGAGCUGCUGGCCUAUCUCUACUCAUCAGGAGACCAGAACAGCCUCAUGGAGGAGUCGGCUGACCAGGCUCAGCGCAGAGACGAAAUGCUGCGCAUGUACCACGCCCUCAAGGAGGCGCUGCAGAUCAUCGGAGACAUCAGCGUAAACACCAUCUCCACCCCCGUACCACCGCCGGUCAAUGACUCCUGGAUCCCAGAGACCAGCCCAAAUCCCCAGCGCCGACCGCCCCCUGCAACCGCUCCACCUCCUAGCCGUCCACCCGCCGUUCGGGGCCCCACACCAGGGCCACCCAUGAACCCGUCCCCUCCUUUUGGGACCCCACUCAAUCCCUCUCCAGCCUUUAAUGCACCCCCCAUCCCGUCUCGCCCAGGACCAGCAGCCAGUGCCUUCAGCAACAAUUUGGAUCCCUUCAGCGCACCGCCACAGAUUCCCUCCCGGCCCGCCCGCAUUCCACCUGGUGUGCCCAGCCGAAGACCCCCUGGUGCUCCGUCUCACCGGCCCACCAUUAUCCGCCCCGCUGAGCCUUCUCUGCUAGAUUAGAGCUGUGGCCGAGCCCACCUAAGCAUGUGUGUUUGCAUGUGGACGUGUGAUUGUCCACACUGAAGUAGCGGGUGAUGUGGCGGGUUGUUGAGGGGAGAGGCAGACAAUGCAGAACGCGCAUCUUCCAGCCGCAACUUUACGAUUAAUCCAUGCAAUGUUAAUAAGCUGCUAAUGUCUGUAUGAGUGCACAGGAUGGAAAAGAAGCCCUUUAACCACUUGAAGAUGUUCUCACCGCUGUGGAACACAAAGUAAAACCAGAUGAUCUAAAUGAUGCAUUCAGUUAGUUUUUUUUUUUUUUUUUAGUUUUUGAUUUGUUUCCUCCACUGUUAGAUUUGUAUUUCUUCUAAAGUUCCCGACAUUAUAUACCAGACAUAAAAUAACUUAUUAAGCUGUACAGGCUGGCUCUCCCCUCCCCUCCUAUCGUUUUGAGAUGGGCCCGGAUGACUUUUGUGUAAAACACACUUAACCUAUCGGUAAUGUUUUACUGGAAUUUCAUAUCUAAAAUGAUUUCAUACUGAAAAAGAAAACCCCAAUAGCUUAUUAUCACUGUUAUUUUUGGUGUCAAUUAUAUAUAUAUAUUUUUUUCUUGUGUUAUUUUAUUUGAGUGACUGUUGUUUUUAAUGAUCGUUCUAAAUGUAGCUUUAAAUCAAAUCUUAAUCGCAGCAGAGACGAAGCAUAAAAAGACACAGGGUAGGGGUUUUUCAGGAGACGGAGGAAAUCUCCAGCUUCCCUCUCUGUGGUUUGUUCUUCCGCAAACGAAAAGAUGUCAACUCCAGUGACCACCAAGCACUUCUAACCGUCUAGCCUUACAGGAAGCUCCUCAUAAAACAUAGUCUGUUAACCAUGAAACUAUGCACAAAUGUCAGAGAGGGAAAGGACAAGAAGCUUUCUACACUAAUCCUAGGAGGUUAUUUAACAUCAGCUCAACCUGGUCGCUUUUGGCAGAGCUGAUUCAAAUUGAUCAGAGCACACCUGCCAAGUGUCAUUUUGCUGAUAUGUAGAUAAAAAAGUCCUCCCUAUAUCUCUAGAUUCCUCAAAGACAGUGUUUAUAUCUUCUGAUACAUUUGUUCUUCCAUAACUGUACAUAGCUGCUCUGGAGAGUUAGUCACAAAGCAAAACAACCCACUUCUAGCUAGUUAAAGCCCAGUACCUUCAAACCCUAUUAUAGUCUAUUAACUAAGCAAAUUAUUAACAAUAUCUUUACAUGGAUUAAGUAACAGUCUAGCAGGAAAAAACAUUAUUUAUAACCUGGACAUUUCUGUUUUGUUCACCCAGUUCUUUAGCGUUUCUUUAUUUUAGAGUUCUGCUGCAGGGAUUUCCUGUCAGAAUGUGCACUUGGGAUAUACAUAUUUUGCUGAUAAAUAUGGGUUUUUUUGUUUUUCUUUUUCAUAGUGGAAGUGGGGUUGGGAUACUUGCUGUUUGGUUUGUAGCCGUCAUAAAUAAAUGCACAUUCUUUCUGGAGGAACUCUAUUCAAGGAUCACAUUAUGUGAUGAUAAAAUAUGGGGGGAAUUGGGUCAAACCAUUCAGACGUCCAGUCAGCUCUCGACAGAAUGUGCUUUCCAUUUUUACCAUUUCCUCCAGGUCUUGCUUUCCGUGACAGUGCCAGAAAGAGUAGCUCAAUCUUUGGGAAAACAGUUUGGAAAAUUGAAAUUCGAUGCUCUUCAAUCCAGAAAUUUCUGAGCCCAGGCGGGUUUUUGUCUGGAACUCUUUAGUGCCUGUCACCUGAGCUUGCCUCCACUGGAGAUGUGUCUGGCUAACGUUAGGCUGUGGGGUCUCCUUGUGCACGUUUCCCUCCCCUCUCUGAAUACGGAAGAAGGGGCUGGAAACCAACUUGCAAAAGUCCCUUUGUUUUGCAAACCCUUGUCAAGUGCCUCUGCACCAGUUAAUUGAUUUGAAUAAAUAUAUUGAACUGAUUUAGAAAAUAAAGAGGUGUUGUCUACAAUAAA